AAAACACGCAGCAUCUCCUUCGAGGUUCGUUUCCUGUGUGGCUUCAACGGCGGCCGAGGUGUUCAGUGAAAAGUCGGAAGUUGGGAGUUUCGCCAAGUGACACUUGACAAAAUGGCAGAAGAUAACAGUUACGAAUCUAUGCUCUGUGUUAAACCGGAGGUCCACGUCUACCGGAUCCCCCCACGGGCGUCGAACCGCGGAUAUCGUGCAGCCGACUGGAAGCUGGACGAGCCUGCAUGGAGUGGGAGAAUGAAAAUCACCGCAAAGGGCAAGAUGGCCUUCAUCAAGUUGGAGGACAAAAACACAGGAGAGCUUUUUGCCCAAGCUCCAGUUGAUCAGUAUCCAGGGAGUGCAGUUGAAGCCGUCACAGACUCCAGCAGGUAUUUUGUCAUCCGGAUAGAGGAUGGAAAUGGCCGCCACGCUUUUAUUGGGCUGGGAUUUGCUGAUCGUGGAGACUCCUUUGACUUCAACGUAGCUUUACAAGACCAUUUUAAGUGGGUAAAGCAAGAAGGUGAGCUGGCCAAAAUGGAGGCAUCCCAGAGCGCUGAACCGAAGCUUGACCUGAGCUUCAAGGAGGGGCAGACCAUCAAGAUCAGCAUCGGGAACAUCAAGAAGAAGGAUGCAUCUAGUGCUAAGCCCCGGCCCGCGACUGGAGGUUUGCUCCCACCACCGCCAGGAGUCAAGGCUGGAGGCACCAUCCCACUGCCAGCACAAACAAACACAGCCCCUCUUUUAGACUUCGGGUCUUCCAGCUCUGAAACCCAACCCAACUCUGACUUGUGGGGAGAUUUCACGUCGGCGGGUUCCAGCUCCAGUACAGAUGCUGUCAAAUCGGGAUGGGUGCAGUUUAGCUGAGUGUGGGGGAGGAAAAGCGCACGCAGCCACUUGGUUGCAUACAUUCCAUGGACGGAGAUGAUUUUUUCGGGGGGAAGAAAAAAACGUGGGAACUGGUUCAACUCCCUCGCAGCACCCAGCCAGCGAGGAUCACAUAAAACCUAGCUUGCUCUCUAGGGGAAACACAUGGUCAUAUGUAAAUAUAUACAUUAUACACCUUUACACUCUAUGCAGGAAGAGCACUCUGUGAUUUUAGUAGCACGGUAACCAUCAAAUCUCUGGAGUUGCUUCCCUCCCUGGCCUUAAAUCAAACAUCUCCUCGUUUCAUUUCUGGGACUGUCACACUGAAUCCCUGACUGGGAUCUGUGCAGAAUCGGAUGAAAUCAUUUCAUUGUCAUCGUUUUCUUCCUCCAUUCAUCGCAUAGAUGCCCUAUUGCAGUUUGUGUGUGUUCAAUAACUAUUCCCAUUCUUAGUUUUGUUUUAGGAGGUCCUGCGAUACUGAGCUUGGUAGUAAUUUUUUUUUGUUGUUGUUGUUUUUUUGUUUUUUUUUUUAAAGCUGUUUAAAUUUUAUUGAAAGAGCUGUCGGUCUCUGAUGAAUUUAAUUUCAUGUUUUCAUGUCGUUUAUUUCUUUGAUUUCUGUUUUAAUGUUUUUAAUGUGCCUUUUACCAAAAAGAAAUUUCCUUUAAUCUUAUUCAAAAGUUGCACUAAGUAUUUGAUUAAGUGCCUCUCAGAAAAAAAAACCCCGCAAAUUGUACAAAAUUUAAACAUCUAUGUAAAUAAACAAUAUAUAAAAUUUCCUUUUAUUUUUUUAUUUCUUUUAAAUCUGUUUAUUAGGUGUUAAUUAGUUGUAAAUUAGCACAUUUUUAAAGCACACAUUUUGCAAUAAAAGCAGCCGUGUGUGUAUACAUGUAUGUGUGUAUAUAUACCGGUGUGUCUCAAUAAGUUAGAAUAUCUUUAAAAAGUAAAUUUGUCAUUUGUUCAAUUAACAUGUUGAAACUUUUCUUUGUGUGAAAUAUUUUAAGAAUGUAUUUCUUAAUAAUUAUGAUUAUACCUUACAGUUAAUUUUAAAAAAUACAAAUUCAGCAACUCAUAGAAUGUGCAUGAAUUGUUAAAAUGUCCAAAAAGCAACGCCGCUGUCAUUUAUUUAAUUCAGGCCUUUUCAAAACGUGUGGCGAGUCCACAAAAUACUUUGGGGGAGGUGCGGCAGCUUGAGCAAAACAAGGAAAAUAAUUUUACAAACCUGCUAAACUCUACUUCUGCAAAAGUCAAUUAAUAAUCCACAACAUAUGCUCCAGAAAACCAGUUUUUCAGGGAGUCAGGAGUCACCCCAAUUAUAUUGUUUUCAGACAGGAGGUAGAAUACCCCAGAUUUAUUGAUAUUAUAUAGAAAAUCUAUUGCAUGUUUAGGACUGAUCGGAGCUGUGCUGUACUGCAUAAGAUAGCCUCUUCAGAUCGUCAUUGCAAUGCCAUUAAACAUUUUUUGCA